GAUAGGCGUUAGCGGCGAGGGAGAGGCAGUCGCCAUGACUCGCGUCGGCAGGUCCGAUCCAGCGACGGAGCGCCGGUGCAGCUCGUCUCGUCCGCCCCCCGGCCCCACCAGAAUGGUUGAGCCCAGCCCUGCAGCGCUGCACCUCCCGUCCAGCGGGGAUGUCAGCAUGGCGUGCGUCGGUGUCAAAGUGGAACAGGAGGAGGUCGCCGGAGGGGUUGGAGUCAUAACCCACGGCGACCCCCUAAAGAGGUCUCCCUCGCGGGAUUGGUCGGAAAAUCAUCCGCUGGAGGCCCGCCAGCUGACCCCACCGCUCUCACGCUCUCCUUCGGAGGGCUCUCUGGGUAAGGAGCAGCCCCACAGGCAAAGCCCCAUGGGACCGAGGGAGUCCAGGGUGCACGAUAGACCGGAAGCACAAUCCAACUUCAAGGAAGUAAUGCCCACAAUUGAGAAGCUGCUGAAUACCAACUGGAAGGAGAAACUUCUGGAUAAAAGCUCAGUGGAGGCAGGACGACUGAAAGGUACCCCAGAGGCUCUGGCAGAGAAGGAGCUCCAGCUGUUGAUGAUGAUCAACCAGCUGAGCGGUCUGAGGGAGCAGCUCCUGGGAGCCCACUCCGAGCAGAGGAACAUGGCCACCCUGCUGCUGGAGAAGCAGCAGCAGCAGAUGGAGCUGGCUCGGCAGCAGCAGGAACAGAUUGCCAAGCAGCAGCAGCAGCUGAUCCAGCAACAGCACAAGAUCAACCUGCUUCAGCAGCAGAUCCAGCAGGUGAACAUGCCCUACGUGAUGAUCCCAGCUUUCCACCCCAACGCCCAGUCGCUGGCCGUCACCUCUGAACCCCAGAUGACCCUUCCGCUGCAGCCAAUCCCCUGCAAGCCAGCCGUGGACUAUCCCAUGCAGCUGCUGCAGAACUCUCACCCCGCCUCCGGCAAGAGGAGCGGCGGCUCCUUUCGUCAGGAAGCCAGUCAGCCCUUAAACCUGACCUCCAAGCAGAAGGGGCUGGAGCGAGGCAAAACACCCAGUCCGCACGGCAUGGAGCUGGGACCGCUGGCGCUGUACGGGUCCUACAGGCCCCGGGACCUCCAGAGAGAGGUGUCCCGCAGCCCGCAGCGAUCGGCCCUCACUUUCCUCGGAGACGGCGAUGUGGUCACCCAGGCCAUCCACGACGCCCAGCAGCUCCUGAGGGGCCACAGCGCCUCCGGGCGAGAGAAGGACAGGGAGAGAGAGAGGGACGGUGGUGGGAAGAUGGAGUAUAAAGAGUCCCCCCGCAACGAGAGGACCUGGCCCUCCCAACGAGGUGAGGACCACCUGAGCAGUGACUCCCAAGGGAGGUGUGCGCUGCCCGUCUCGGGCCCAGGCAGCUACGUUGAGGUCCGGCCGCCUCCCUCCUCGGGCCACAUCAAGAGGCCCAUGAAUGCCUUCAUGGUUUGGGCCAAGGACGAGCGCAGGAGGAUCCUGCAGGCCUUCCCCGACAUGCACAACUCCUCCAUCAGCAAGAUCCUGGGCUCGCGGUGGAAGGGCAUGUCCAACCAGGAGAAGCAGCCCUACUACGAGGAGCAGGCCAGGCUGAGCCGACAGCACCUGGAGCGCUACCCCGACUACAAGUACAAGCCGCGGCCCAAGCGCACGUGCAUCGUGGAGGGCCGCAGGCUGCGCGUGGGCGAGUACAAGGCCAUGAUGAAGAACCGCCGGCAGGAGCAGAGGGCCACCUACACGCACAGUCAAACAGAACCACAGCAGCUGCACUACCCGCACGCCAACGACCAGUACCCGGGCGGCGCCGGCGCGGUCUCCGUGGCGACCGUGCCCUUUCACCCGGCGCUGCUGGAGCACUACCUGCCGCAGGUCCCCCCUGCACUGCGUCGGGUGGAGGGCCAAGCCACGCCCACUUCCCUGCCCCGGGAGAGGGAGCGCGAGAGGGAGCGCGAGAGGGAGCGCGAGAGGGAGCGCCCCCCGUACAGCGAAGGAGAGGAGAGCGACAGGGGAGAGAGGAGCGAGGGGGAGCUGGUGCUCCUGACGGACUGAAGGGGGGGGGGGAAGAAUGGAAGGGAGGGGUGAGAGGGAAAUGGUGCCCCUUAAUUGAUUGACAGUCAGAUGAAAAAGAUGGAGGAUGGAUGGAUGGAGGGCGGGCAGGUGGGGGUCCGGCGAUCAGAGUUCAGAGGUGCACGUAGUCACUUGUACAUUAGUCGUUUUCAGUGAAACGCUGCCCUUCACACACACACACACACACACACACACACACACACACACACAGAUAGAUCCCUUAUCUCACUCGUUUCCCUUCAGACAUUUCACCAGCGACUUUGCGUAGAAUACAAAACGUUUUAUGGUUCAAUCCCUCAUGAUUGGAGUUCUGCCCCCCACGUCUUGGCACCACGUCGUGGUGUCGGGGAGGCGCCGUUUAAACCUGUUGGACCAGCUGGAGCAGCGGGUCAUCGGCGUGCCGGCACUGCUCCCUGCUGGCAAUGAAAACACCCGGAGGAUGAGGCUUCCGCGCAGCUUUCUUUAACACGAGGUUUCAUGGAAGUUGUCGCGUUGCUGCACAUUUCAGCAAUUCAGUGUUGCAUUUUUUUCAUUAUUAAAAAAAAAUGGUAAAACUGAAGCCAGACUUUUAUACCGCGGUACGGUUAAAGCUCCACAAACACUGGAUGCUAAACUUCCCAUAAUGCAACUUUACACUGUGCUACAUUUCACCCUCCAUUGCUUGUGUUUUUUAUAUGCCCACUUCUCACCCCUGUUUUUCUGGCUCAGAUCUAUAUUAUAAAAAAGUUUGUAAUCUCUAGCAUCAAGUGAGAUAAUCCCCUGAUGACCUCAUUGGGGUCACUUUUCAGACUUUGAGAGCGAUCCAGACAGAGAGACAGAAGACAUUAAACAGAUGUUUUCAGCUAGUUCUCCUUAUGACAGUUGAAUUUGCCUUAUUUCAUUGUUCCUCCAACGAAAUCAUUUUUACGAAGAUGUUCACACUGAAUCAACGAUCUCCCACAUCCGCUGUUCUGUUGAGCCGUGCUGUAUAUGCUGUAUUUUUGUGUCUCAUCAGUUUCUUCUGCACAACUCGUGGGUUCACCUCAAACACACCCCAAUUCUUUAUUUUUUAUUUUUUAUACCUCCAUGUUUGCUACUUUGUGUGUUAAUUGAUUUUUUAAAUUCAUUUUACUAGCGUGCCAGACCUUGUUUCGAGAUGUUGACAUUCUAAUGUUUCUCUCAAAUUUCCUGAAGCUGCACUGGAAUUAUUUUCAUAUUUGAAAGGUGAUUUUUACUCAUCUUUUAUUUUCCCGUUCCUCAUCCAUCGAGACAAAACGAUCCCAAAUUCCAUGUGACAAUGGCUGCUACAGAGAUAUGGAGAAGGUCAACCAACGGUUAUGAGCUGCUGACCGCGCUGCCCAUAAAACAACGGUUUUGGCUUGAAAGAACCACUGGAGAAACCAAAACCAUCCACGAGUUGAAAAUGCUCGGUCACGUGACUCACCGGGCUUCCAAUUAGUGCCCGGAAUUGGAAAUCCGUAAAGCAGAUCGACCACGACUCUUCUAAUGUUCCUAUAGAACACGGACAUGUGUAUGUAGACAUCGCUGUUUGGUAGUUUUAAGUGACUUCUACGUCGCAAAGUUCCCCCGACUUCCCUCUCCCACAUCCAAUCAAUCACAAUCAAUCAACAGGGACACAAAAUACAACAGAACCCUUCUCCGUGUUCUCGUUCAUUGGUAAGCUGUUUCGGAGAUGCAUUCUUUAAUCUUUAAAGUUCAUAUUCCAACUCCAUCGCCGACAUCCACAACCGUGACACAAAAUGUCAACUCAACCAACAGCGGAUGAUAUUCAAAGCAAUCAGUUUGGAAGCCUUUCUCCCGUCAAUGGCACAGCGUUUAAUGUGAUGGCCGUAAGAAAACAAAGGCUGUCCUUGCCUCCCCGUUACGUGUUGCCAACCUCAUCCAGUUUGGAUAAUUAGCUCAAUCUAUUCUCUAAACCGACUAAUGACAUCCUCCAUCGUGCUGCAACGCUCGUGUCAUUCAGGUUUGGCGAUAAGAGCGUUAGCACUUAGCAUACGCUACGCGCAGUAGCUUAUGCUAAUAUAUUACCAUUGGCUUUUUUGGAGGCCGUGGCCAGCACUUCUGAUGCUCACAGACAGUUUUGGAGUCACUCGAUAACCACGUCGACCAAUUUGACCGUUUAGCAAAAGCUCAGCGCUCCCGAGUGACAAUAGGAACGAUGCACCUGCAGCUCAAUGGGGACAAAAUCCAAACGGCUGUUAAAAAGACCCAUUUCAGACAUAGCGGCUCGGGCCUUGUCCCAAACAACCGGGUCAGGACCGCGUGGAGAUGACGGCUUUUCGUGCACUGAGGUGAAUAUCAGAGGAAAAUGUUUCUUAUUUUAGCGGAGACGUGGUGAGGAGUCACCUGUCGAUGCCCCUGCUGAUGUAAAUAUAGAAAGAGACUUUAUUUUGUUUAUAAGAGCCUGUGUAAUUUAAAGGUGUGUGUUUCUCUAUGUUUUCAGAGUUUUGUGUUGGUUUUUUUCUUGAAAAUAAAUAAAUUGGUUGUGUUAAUUGU